CACCAAACUUUCUCCCUCAAAGAACCCGUUCGGAGCCAACCACUCUGGUUCUACGACACCAGUUUGCUGUCUUCUACCACUCAUUCUAUCUUCUUCGCAAGCAUUACAGUCCUCUCGUCCUCCUAGAACGACGAGGGCGACUGUAUUUUUUUUCCCUCGCGCACCAUAUGUUUUUGAACUCGAUUUAAUCCACGGACCUCACUUUCCACUUCGGCGCCGUACCGAGUGAAGCCUUGCUCGGCGGGCAAGCACACUGCGCUGAGAGAAUUUUCUCAUUUCCCAUCAGAUCCGCCUUGGCCACGGUCGCCAUCGCGGAUUUUUCGACGCGUUCGGCGCGUAACUCACCGCCUUCCGUCGCGACAAACCUCUCACUAGCUCGACGUCAAGAGCACAACAUAACCUUGCUCUCCUGACCUCGACCCCGCGCCGCCCUGCGCUGACACGAUGUCGUUUGGCGGAAGCUUCGGUGGCUUCGGCCAGAACAAGCCAGCCCAGCCAGCUGGAUUCGGUGGAUUCGGCACGAAUACGAAUACCGCUACAGGUUCCGGUUUCGGCGCGACCAAUACCAAUGCUUUUGGAGCCAACACCAAUACUGGCGGCACCGGAGGAAUGUUUGGAGGCUCAACCGGUGGCUUCGGUGCCAGCACGGGCGGAUUCGGCCAGAACACCGGCGGCGCAUUUGGCGCGAAACCUGCCUUCGGCGCAGCCACAACCUCGAGCGGUGGAGGUAUGUUUGGCUCGACCACAGCAACAGCAGGAAACACGGGCUUUGGUGGCGGGUUCGGCUCGGCCAACACUGCUGCCUCAACGCCAUUCGGAGGAUCAGCUGGAGGUGGAUCAUCACUUUUCGGAGCCGGAAACAAACCCGCAGGGUUCGGCACGACGACGACACCUGCCACGGGUGGCUCAAUGUUUGGCGGCGCCGGCGGAGCUUUUGGAUCUACAAGCGCAGGCGGCUUUGGUGCGGCAAACAACCCCGGCAUUGGAGCCAACAUUGGCGAUCCUCCUGGCACCGCCCAGGUCCCGUUCACGGCAACGAUGGAGAAGGAAGUGAACAACCCAUCCCAGAGCAACUCGUACCAGAACAUUCUCUUCAUGGAGCCCUACAAGAAAUGGUCGGCGGAGGAGCUGAGACUGGCUGAUUACACCCAGGGUCGCCGCCAUGGCAACGCCAGUGGUGCAGGUGCGUUCGGUGUGAGCUCUGGCUUUGGAGGCGGAUUCGGCGCCAAUACACAGCAGAACACUGGUGGGUUUGGAACCGCCGCCGCGGCCCCAGCCACCGGCACAGGCAUUUUCGGCGGGGGCCAGCCCGCGAGCACUGGAUUUGGGGCCGCCUCGUCCAACACUGGCGGCUUUGGCGGUAGCGGCGGUCUGUUUGGUGCGAACAAGCCGGCUGCAACGGGCGGCCUCUUUGGGAAUCCGCAGCAGCCAGCCCAGACUCAGACUGGCGGCGCCUUCGGGGGCGGGUUCGGCAGUACGGCCAACACGCAAUCCGCAUUCGGGGCCAACACCGGUGCUGCCCAGGGUAUGUUCGGGACCAACACAGCCCAGAACAAGCCUAGCGGAUUCAGCUUCGGCAACGCAAAUGCCACCCCUUCGACCGGAUUUGGCGCCACGAAUACGCAGGGUGCCUUCGGCGCCAACACAGCCAAUGCCAACACGGGGACGGGCAUGUUUGGCAACGCGAACCAGCCCAGUACGGGAGGCGGAGUGUUCGGGAAUACUGGGCAGCAGAACACGACAGGCGGGUUCGGCGCUGGCACCGGCUUUAGCGCACAGAACCAGACCACGGGAAGUUCAUUGUUCGGUAAUCAGAAUGCUCAGAACAAACCCGGCGGUCUAUUCGGCAACACCGGUACUACAACCGCAGGCGGCGGCGCGUUUGGCUCUACUGCAAACACUCAAACCCCCUUCGGGCAGGCGACCAAUACCCAGGCACAGGGCGGCAGUCUAUUCGGGAACAAGCCGGCAGCCACUGGCGGGGGCAUAUUUGGCACGAGUACCACCGGUCAAGCAGGAAAUACCGGAGGCGGCGGGAUUUUUGGCUCCUUGGGUUCCAACACACAGACCCAGCAGCCAGCUCAGUCUUCCGUAUUCGGAGGUCUUGGCCAGACCCAAGCCCAGAAGCCGUCUUUGUUCGCCCCGGCAAACCAGGGGGCAGGCGGUAGUAUUUUCGGGGGCCAGAGUAACCAGCCAUCCACUGGCAUGUUCGGCAACACUGGCCAACAACAGCAGCAGCAGUCGAAUCCGGCUGGCUCAAUGUUCGGCAUGUCGCAAAACAACCAAGCGCCGCAGUCCCUGUCGACGAGCAUCAACGAUAUCUCCGCCUAUGGCGCCGCCUCCUUGUUCUGCAACCUCAGCAAUGAGCCUCAGAAUCCCGGCCCACUGGCCACCCCGCUGUCGAGCAACAAGUCCAAGGCCAAGAGCCGUUCGAUCUUGCCCAUGUACAAGCUGAGCCCGGCCAACGCUUCCCGCUUCACCACCCCGCAGAAGCGUGGCUUUGGCUUCUCGUACAGCACCUACGGGACUCCCACUAGCCCGGCCAGUGCCGCUAGUACACCUGGAGGACUGGGCCAGAGCCUGCUCGCUGGUAGCAUCGGCCGUGGUUUGGGCAAGAGCAUUUCCACAAGCAAUCUGCGUCGCAGCUUCAAUGUCGAAGACUCCAUCCUUACUCCGGGAGCCUUCUCUGCUAGCUCCAGCGUCCGACUGCACGGAGGCACGGGCAGUCACAAGAAGCUCAUUAUCAACCGGGAGAUGCGCACCGACCUGUUUUCCUCGCCAACCAAGGACAAGCAGGUUCAGGACACCCUAAACGGACCUCGUAAACUCAACAAGCGCGUGAGCUUCGACACCAGCAUUGUCCCCGCCAUCGAGAACGGCGGUCAGGAUAAACCGAGCCCGUCACCCGACAACCCUCUGGCAGAUGGUCAGGACCUGGGCUACUUGCGACCAUCAGCGAGCCGGUCCACCAACGGCGUCAAUGGCACCAAGCAGGGCGGCCCUGCUGCUCCGGACGCGCCUGAGAUGGAGCAGGUCAAGGGCAAUGAGCUUGCCAUCGUCCACGAAGAGGACUCUGUUCCGGCAGCGGUCCGCCAACACCAACCCGAGACUGGUUCGGAUAAGGAGCCCGGAUCGUACUGGAUGCAGCCUACCAGGGAGGAAAUUCUCGACAUGAACCGAAUGCAGCGCCAGAAAGUUGCUGGCUUCACUGUCGGCCGUGAGAACGUCGGUUCUGUUAAAUUCAAGGUCCCCGUCGAUCUCAGCAACAUCGACAUCGACCAAAUUUGCAACAGCAUUGUCAUCCUGCAGCCACGAUCGGCCACCGUCUACCCUAUUGCGGCCAAGAAGCCUCCCGUGGGUAAAGGACUGAAUGUCCCCGCCCAAAUCUCCCUGGAGCAAUCUUGGCCGCGCGCCAAGGACAGGAGAACGCCCGUCCAGGAUCAGAACAGCAGCCGGUUCAACAAGCACAUUGAGCGCCUGAAGCGAAUCCCCGAUACCACCUUUGAGAGCUACAACAAGGAUACGGGCGUGUGGACGUUCUCGGUUGAGCACUUCACCACCUACGGGCUCGAGUAUGACGAGGAUGAGACAGAGGUGGAUGCUACCGCGGAGACGUCGUCCUUGAAGUUACCCGACACCACCCAUACGGGUACGAAUGUCGACGAGGCUGUCCCAUCGCCAGAGCCUGAGCGUGAUGACACGUUUGAUUUCAAGCGGAACCGGCGCGCUCUUCCCGGAGCAUUUGACGGUACGGCCUUGUCAGAUGAUGAAGAUAUGGCCGAGUCUGACCAGCUGCAGCGCGCCCAGUCUGAAGAAAUUGAGAUGCACGACGACGUGCACUCCUUCCUAGAUCUCGCGACCGCGGCGGAGGACUUUCUGGGACCGAGUCAGCACCAUGACAUUGACCAUGAGGCGGCGAUGCCGAUGUCGGGGGCGGUGGAGGUCUGGAGGGAAGAUGCAGAGACGGCUGGAGAAGGUCAACUUGGUGAUGCGGAGUCGAUGGAGGAUCAGGGCGACUAUCAACUGUCUCGGUCAGUUGGCAACGACCAAGUCCCCGCCGGCAUUAUGAGGGCUAGGAUGCGGGCAAUCAAAAAGUCGACAGCACCAACUCGCAUCCAAGUCGCAGGUGGCAACGACUGGACCCAGGUACUGCAGGAAAGUGUGAAGACGCCGAGAAGGAUGAAUCGAAGUGAGCUGCGGGCCCUCAACGAGUCGGGUGCAGCGUGGGAAGUAGAGGAUCGUGGCACUCCGGCGCCAAAGCCAAGCCACGUGCCUGAGGGGCCAGGCUUUGCGACAAGCCUCGACAUGAUGAGGUCUCUCUUUGAGAAGGGCCCGACUCAGCCUGCGCAGGCCACGCCCGCAAAAGGUUUCGUAAAGUGGCCUUACCAGCGACGGAAUAAAAUUGUACGUGAUGAGGAGGAAGUGCCUGGUCAGACAUCCCGCGGCACACCACAUGUAAGCUGGGGACCUCGAGGAACCAUUAUCACGGCAUCCAGCGACGAGGCUGCACCGGCAGGCCAAGUCUCUAUUCACUCUGCCAGCCCGGAACCGGGCCAGAAGUCUCCCAGCCUGCAAAUCAGCAUGAACUUGACCAGCAUCGACCUGGUGAACGGCAUUCCCGCUGCUGCUCUGAAGGCUCCAGUCAGUGUCAAGUCUCUUUCGAGCGGCGGUGACGUCGUGUGGGAGCUUGCCAGCGUCUUGUUUGACGACGAUGGAGCCGACCUCUCGGCCUUUUGGCAGCGCUUGGUCGACGAAUCCACCACCCGCUCCAUCGCCCAAGCUCCCACCCUCGAAGAAAAGGCCGUCGCUUGUAUCGCGGGCCAUCGCGUGGUCGAUGCCUGCAAACACCUUCUGGAAGGCAAGAAUUUCCGUCUUGCCACACUGGUAUCCACCAUUGGCUCCGAUGACCAGGCGAAGAAGGAUAUCCGCGCGCAGAUCCAGGACUGGCAGAAGUCCAACGUGCUCUCCGAGUUCGCCGAGCCCAUCAGGGCAAUCUACGAGUUGAUUUCGGGUAAUACCUGCGUCUGCGCCGGCGUCAAGAAUGCGCCCAUCGAAAACCGCGUGUCGUCGUUUGUCAUUUCGGAGCGUUUCGGCCUCGAUUGGAUGCAGUCAUUUGGGCUCCGUCUGUGGUAUGGGGCUACGAGGAGCGCCGCGGAGGCUGUGCGUUCGUUCCAGCACGAUAUCGAGCAAGACCGAGAGGCGGAGCCGGAUAGUCCAUUGUGGAGCCUCCUGAAGCUAUAUGCCGUUCGUGAGGUUGACUACUCGGACUAUCGCCUCGACUGGCAGCUUGGCCGUGCCCUCUACGCGACCGGAAAACUCUCCUUCGGACAGAUGGCCGCCGAGAAGCUGGAUACGGCCACGCUCGCGUUCGCUGCGCAGCUCACGACCGAAGGAAGCUGGGUUUCUGCAGUCUUUGUGCUGCUUCACCUCUCGAACCCCGCCGGGCGAACCAAGGCCAUUCGAGACCUCAUAGGCCGGCAGGCCCAUCUCAUUUCCCCACAGAAGACGGAGCAGGACGGCAUAUUCGCAACUCUGACCCAAAAGUUCAAGAUCCCUGCCAAGUGGAUCUGGGAGGCCAAGGCGCUGCAUGCGCGAUCCCUGGACAAAGACCCCGUGGCCGAGUUCUCCUACCUCAUUCUAGCGGAGGACUUCCUCGAGGCGAACCGGACCUUCCUGAAGCGGGUGGCGCCCACGGCGAUCAUCCAGAGGAAGUAUGCCCAGCUCUUCGAGUACGCCCAGCUCCUCUACCACAUCAGGGACAAGCUGCCCAACUGGUCCAGCGGCGCCGCCGUAUACCUCCUGUUCCCGGCCACGCGCAACUGGAACGGGUCGCAGCUGCCCGACUGGAUCGACGAGCUGGUGCACGGCCUGGGGUCCCUCAAGGCGGCCACGGCCGAUGACGACGUCCUCGAGGCGGCGGCCAUCGCGGACAUGGCCGAGGACCUGGUCAGGCUCGGGGUGAACGUCCACCGCAGGGGCGGCGAUCCGAAGCUGUACAAGCUGGCAGCGGCCCUACCCCUGACCGAGGAUAGGAGGCAGAAGUAUCUGAAGGAUCUAGUCUUUGAGGGGAUGGCUCAGAUUGGGGUUCACUAGCGGGGGGUUGGUGAGAAGGAAAGGGGGGAACGACGUUUUGCGGCUGCUGUUUCCAGCGUCGCGUGUACCCACCCUACUUAAUAGGCUGGAUGGUAUGGUUCAUAGGAUGGAUGGAGGAUAAAAGUUAGCAAUACUCUUCUGAGACCCGUUAAUAACUGGGAAUUGAGCAAAUUGAGUAGAUUGAGUAGAUAGAUGACCUAAUGCAGCAGUUCUGCCAACCAAGUUCCUUGCCCGACAUGACCCUGUCGAAGUGCCAAAUCCUGGGAAUUAUG